ACCUGCCAACCAUAAAAAACCAAUCACAAGAUAUUCUUCAUUACCCUUUGUUUUCUUAGAACCCAAGAGGGUUUCUAUUUUAUGCAGUUCCUUUUCUCUCCCUAACCUCAAAGACCUCUCUCUCUCUCUUUCCCUCCCUCCCUGUUGUCAGAGAGAGGGGGGGGAGGGCUUCAGAGUUUUGUGCUUCUUGCCCAGAAAGAGAGGGAGAAGAUCAGACUGGAGAGAUGUUGCAGAGAGCUGCAAGCAAUGCAUAUUCAUGGGCAAGCCAUGUUAGGACCAAGCAAUCGACAUGGCUCAAACAAAGCCUUCAAGACAUGGAAGAAAAAGUGCAGAGUGUGCUUAAACUCAUUGAGGAAGAUGGAGAUUCUUUUGCAAAGAGGGCAGAAAUGUACUGCAAGAAAAGGCCAGAGCUGAUACACUUUGUGGAAGAAUCUUACCAAGCUUAUCAAGCCUUGGCUGAGCGAUAUGACCACAUAUCCACAGAAUUGCAACACGCCAACACCACCAUUGCUACUGUUUUCCCUGAAAGAGUCCAGUUUGCAAUGGAUGAAGAAGACGGUUAUGGUUCUCCUAGAGUAUCAAAGAAUAUUCCAAAGUCCUUGGCAAGUAAUGUGCUCAAGGUUCCAAGUUUUCACAGGAGAGAUUUGAAUGGUCUCCAAACAACAUCCUCAAAGAAACAGGAGGCUGCAAAGUCAUCAAAAGCAUCAAAUAAGAUUGCUCCUAAAACUGGUUCAAGCAAGUCUGAGACAGUUGAAGAGAUUAACAAGCUUCAGAAAGAAAUCUUAAUCCUGCAAACUGAGGAGGAGUUUGAGAAGAGCUCUUAUGAAGGUGGGCUUGCAAAGUACUGGGAAAUUGAGAACUGGAUCUCAGAAUUGCAAGAGAGAGUGUUCAGCUUACAAGAAGAAUUCAGUGAGGGAAAGGUCAUUGAGGAUGAUGAAGCUUGGAUUUUAAAGGCAAAAGCAGCUUUGCAAUCAUGUCAAGAGACAUUGGCUCAGUGGCAGCAGAAACAAGAGAAAACAACCAAAGGUUCAGGGGCAGAUUUCAAAAGGAUUGAGAAUGCUUGGGAAAAACUGAACUCCUCCAAGCACAAAUUUAAUCCAGAUCAACAAGCUGAUGAAGAAAAUCCAAAUAACAAAUAUGAAUCUGCAAACACGGGAGGAAAACCACAAAUCUUGAACUCAAAAGUAGGCAGUGUCACCAAUGAGGGCCAAGAAUUGGACAUGUUGAUAGAGAAGACUAUAGAGCAUUCGGAGGUGGAUUCCAAAGAAUUUUUGACUGUGAAAGAAAUGGAAGAGAAGAAUGAUGACCUUGCAAAUAAGGUCAUUAACCUGGAAAGUGCAGUUUCAUCUGAGACUGCUCUUGUACACGGGUUAAGGAGAAAAACUGAUGGUCUUCAAGAAAAAAUUCAGACCUUGGAAGACGAAAAGUCAGGUCUAGUUGAUGGCACAAACAAUUUGACAGUGGACGACAAGUUGAAUAGGAUUCAAGAUCUAAACCAGAAUGUUGAAACCCAGAACAGCCUCCUUCAGACACAUUUCACUGAAGCUUAUUCUAGUCUUCAUCACCUGUCUGAGAAACUGCAUUGCAUGAAACCUGACGAAGAGCUGACAGGGUCAUUUCUAGCAGACAAGUCCUCAGUUAGAGUUAAGCCACCAGAAGAGAUGGAGAAACAAGAAUAUUUUCCAGCUCUAGAUGAUAGUUCCAGGAGCUCUGGUAGAUUGAAAUUAGCACUGACGGAGGAUAAAAAUGGACACAUAAUCAAUCUGUCUGUCAACAGUCAAGGAGAAAAGGUCAAAGAAAAAAGUCAGUUGCACUCAAAUGCUGACAUGAAUAUAAUUUAUGAGAAACAAGAAGACACAAAAUCACUCAAGGCUGUUGAUAAACAUGGCAUAUUGCAAACUGAAGAUAAUGUUAUAAAUACUCAACCACAGGAGGUGGCAAUAGAGAAAGAGGAAGAACCAGACUUGCAGGGAAUGCUCCUGAACCAGCUUGAGGAUAGAGAAAACUUUCUGACAGAAUAUACUACAUUAUUGAGAAAUUACAAGGGCAUGAGGAAGAAGCUCAGUGAGGUAGAAAAUAAAAGUAGACAGAGCAUCUCCGAAAUGACGUUGCAGCUAAGAGAACAGAGGAGUACCAUUGCCAUGAGGGACAGGGAGAUUCUGACCUUGCAUCAGAAACUGAAGCUUCUGCAUGAAAUUUUCAAUGAAAAUAUGUAUCCAAAAGAAGACAACAGGAUGCUGUCUACUCUAUUGGAUGAUCAAAAUACUAAACCUGUCACAACUGAGGAGCUGAAGGUAAAUGGAGCCUUAGAGAUUCCUCCAGCAAUGAAAGAAGAAGAAGAAGAAGAUAUCAAGUUAAUUCCAACCAAUCAGCCUCAACUCAUCUCGCCAAUAGAAGAAAAGCUCCGAACGAGUAUUGAUGCAUUACUGGAUGAACAUCUGGAUUUCUGGUUUAGAUUCAGUGCUUCAUAUCACCAGGUACAGAAAUUUGAGUCCUGGUUCCUGGAUUUAAAAGCUGAACUAGCAGAAGUUCAGGGAAAAAAUGUAAAGGGAGGCACUAAAACAUACAUAAAAUCAGAUCCCCAGCCAAUACACAAGCACCUUACUGAAAUACAGACAGAACUGACACUCUGGAUAGAACAAAGUGCAUCACUUAAAGAUGAAUUGUGGAGCAGAUUCUCAUCUUUGCACAGCAUCCGAGAAGAAAUAAUGAAAGCGUUGAAGGAAGGUGCAGAAGAAGAAGAAAUAAAGUUCACUAGUCAUGAAGCUGCAAAGUUCAAUGGUGAAGUAUUGAACAUGCAACAAGAGAACAACAAGGUUAGGAAAGAACUGCAAGCGGGUUUAGAUCGCGUAACUACACUUCAGCAAGAAAUUUUGAGGACCCUCACAAAGUUAAAAGAUGAAUUCAGACUCUUUGAAUCAAAUAAUAAUUGUCGAACAAAAUUAAGGCACUUGAAAAACCAGUCGCAGGUUCCUCUAGGGUCAUUUAUCUUCAGGAGUAAACGAGAUAAAAGAUUAUCAGUUUCCUCCUGUAUCCAAAUAAGAAAAUACUGUGAUCUUAGAGCUAGCCCUCCAAUGUAAAAUAAUUCAAGUCAAUUUGUUUUUUUCUUCAUUUUACACAUUCUUUAGCGUGCUAUUAGAGAUGAUAUCUGGGUGUGUACAAAGGUUUUCUUCUUUGUUUGUGAACUGGGAGAUAAAAGUUUGUGUACUGUAUAUACUUUUGGGUAAAUUACAUGAAACCCUUUUGCACUUAGGAUCAUGUGCAACUUA